UUCAGACGAUCAGCCAAGCGCGAUAGACAGACAAUGUGGUUGAAGAAGAUGUCGGCGAUGGCGACGACGACAAAUACGAUGCGGACCAAAUUAAAAGUGAUUUGUUUUGGCAUUAUCAUUAGCUUGGCAGCAGCGAGCCCACAACGUUCGAACCACAACAACAACAACUUUAACAAUGCUGGUGGAAGUAAUCCACAGGAGAACAGACCCCCACGUCCACCACCACCGCCACAUCAUCAUCAUCGACCUCGUCCUCCUCAUGGGUCGGGUGGCGGUCGGCCUUGGCAUGAGCCGCAUGUACCGCAUUCUAACCACUAUCGCGACUUUGGCAACAUUUUCAACAACAUGGAGCAGCAGAUGGAGGCCCAGGAUUAUAACAAGACCGCGGAAGAGGAAGACUUGAACGACGAUUUCAACGGUCGUUCAAUUGUAGCUCCCGGACAAUAUCCGCACAUGGCUGCUCUGGGAUUUCGCAGCACUACGGGCGAAAUUGUAUAUAAAUGUGGCGGCAGUCUGAUAAGUGAAUAUUUUGUACUCACGGCGGCGCAUUGUCUGAUUACGCAUGGCACGGCACCAGACGUGGUUAAAAUCGGAGACAUAAAGCUCAAGGAAUGGGAGAACGAUGUGGCGCCGCAGCUACGACGAGUGGCUCAGAUACAUAUGCAUCCACUCUAUAAUAGCACCUUUUACUAUCAUGAUAUUGGACUCAUACAGCUUAAUCGAGCCAUUGAGUAUACGUGGUUCGUUAAGCCGGUACGUCUGUGGGCUCGCGAUCAAAUUCCAUACGAGAAACUGCACACUAUGGGUUAUGGGUCUACGGGAUUUGCCCAAGCACCCACCAAUAUUCUGACAGAGUUGGAAUUGUCGGUAGUACCACUGGAUCGAUGCAAUCAGUCGCUCCCCGCCGACGAAAGUGCCCCUCAGGGCAUUGUGGAGAGUCAGAUAUGCGCGCAGGACUUUGAGAAAAACCGCGACACUUGUCAGGGCGAUUCUGGCGGUCCACUGCAACUAAACUUGGAGCGGCGGCGACGUCGUCAUCGCAAUAAGCGGCGCUACCGGUACUAUCUGGUGGGCAUAACUUCCUAUGGCGAGUUCUGCCGCAGCAAGUCUCCGGGAGUCUAUACGCGCGUCUCCUCCUAUGUCGACUGGAUAGCAUCGAUAGUGUGGCCCAACUAUUACAGCGAGUUUAGUUAUAUGUAA